AUGGGCUGUUUUUAUAGUCUUGGUGCCUUGGCUAAUUUCCUCUAUAAGGCUGUGGGGGGAGCACUGGCAGCGUCCCAGAACAUCAGCUACAUUGAAGAACAGCUGCAGAGCUACUUGGAAAGACUCAGACGUCUGGAACCUUCUGAGAGAGAGGGACCGAUUUCGGUGUUAGCAUCCUCUGCUGAGGGCCACUUCGACCUGGCCUUGAAGACAGUCCACGACUUUGCUGCUGCUGGGGAGAAUAGGAGACUUCCUAGGGUCUUCACCCUCCAGAAGGAGCACCAGAAGGAGAACGGAGCAAAGACAGCUGCUGCUGUCAUGCUCAUCUACAGUAAAAUAGCACUCCAUGCACCCAAGCAGCAGCUUCUUGCCCGGGUCGAGACGGACAUUGUAGAGAACAUCCUGUGCCAGUACAGAACCAGCCCUCAGGACACAGAACUCAAGCUGGCCCUAAUCCAGAGUGUCACAGAAGUCAGCUGCGCCCUUCAAGGCGUUGGCACCUGUGAGAACUUCAGCUUUGCUUCGAAGAGGGUGCUGCUGGAGCUUGUGCUGGACUUCAUGAAGCAGGAGCCCCUGGAUUGCGUGGCUUCUCCCGUUCGCUACAGGGCAAUUCUUGCGGUGGAGCACUUGAGCAAGAUCAAGCCAUCUCUGACCCAGAAGGAAAACUGUCAUCUUCUUCAGGAGUGCUUCCGAAGCCUUCCUCCCCUUGAGCAGACAAAAGAAGGGGAGGCAGCAGAUGAUGCUGAGCAUGCAGAGGCUCUCUAUACACGAUCCCUGGAAGCUCUUGCUCGCCUCAUGACAAGUCUUGAGGAAGAGCUGACCUUGUCAUGGCUCAAGGAAACCUUUCACCUCCUAGAGGCCUGGCUCCGUUCUGGGAAAGAGUGGGAGAGAGAGAGGGCCCUUUAUGCCUGCACUCAUCUGCUAAAGACUUACACCGAGAGACUGGAGGAUGCUAGAGAAAACUCUUCUGAGCAGUUUGGCUCCAUGAUUGGAGUGCUGGGGCCUCUCAGCUGUGACUCCCUGGCCACAUCACGCCAGCGGGCAGUCGACUGUAUCAGCUGCCUUCUCUCAACACAAGGCAAGGUUAUGCACACAAGGGAAGUGGAUCUGAAUCACUUCUGUGAGGAGCUGAUGGCCGCAGAUGUGGAUUCGCUGCUGAGGACCUCUUCCAAAAUCGCAAAGGUUGCAUGCAAAUCCUUUUGCUCAGAGCAGGCAAGAGGCUUUCUGAAGGCUGUCCUGGGCAGCAUGCUGUCCUUCAGCCCCACUUGUGCUCGGGCAGCAGGCGAGUGGAUGCUCAUCUUCCUGAAGGAAUGUGGAAGAGAAAUGUUGCUGGAGGUGCCAGAAAUCCUGACAAUCCUUUACGAUCAUCUGCCAGCUGCUCAGCAGGGCAGCCUGAAGGAGUUCCUCUUUGAGGCAGUGUCUGUCCUGGGCUGCUAUCACCCUGAGGCAGUAACCAACAGCCUCCUCCAGAGACACCUGCCCAUGGACAGUGAUACCGUGGAGCUGUGGAGGACUCUUGGCAGAGGCAUCUUUGCAAUUGAAAUGCUCCAGUUGCUAAUGGGCAAACUGGAGAGCGCUGAAGACACCCCCGCCAGAAGCAACUGCCUCGAUGAGGAAGGGAGCGACAAUCUGGCUGCGCUGGAGCCUCUCAUGGUAACCUGUGCCCUCCGUGAGCUGGUGUAUUCCCUGGAGCCCCGGGAAAGUGUGUCUCUCCUGCUGCCACGGCUGUUUCCAAUGCUGCUGAAACAAAUCAGCAACACUCUUGGAAAGGAGCUGCCUUCAUCUGCAGGAAGAGUUGAAGACGAGCCAGUCCUUGUGGCAAGUGGUGAAGGCAGCAGUCCUUGCAGGCUUUCCAUCAAAGCAUUAGAUACUGUGCUCUGCAAGUGCAUCAGUGAGAAAUGCAUGGGGAUUCUCCGGAAGCAGAACACAUGGGCUUUUCUUGAAAAUCCCCGGACAUACCAUGAGGGCAUGUGUCUGCUGACUAGUGUUCUCCUCCAAACUGAUGUGGUCACGGUGACCACCAUACGUGCUGUCUUGCCAUGGCUGGACUCGCCAUCAGCAAACCUGAGGAUCAUGGCAGCAUCUUUCUUUGCUGAGCUGAUGAAGGCGCCAAUGCUUCAGAAGUGGAAGCUACUUCAGCCUGUCCGCCGUGCAUUGGUGGACAAAUCCCUGGAUGCCAGCAGCACUGUGCGCCGGAUGGCAGUGAGGGGCCUGGGCAAUCUGGCCAGUGGAGCACCUGAGAAGCUGAGAAAGCACAAGAAGGCCAUUCUGAAGGCGUUAAUGAGGGCCAUCAAGGACGUCACCUCUUCUGAGAUCGUGGGCGAGAGUUUGUCAGCUCUGGCGAAAGUGGUGGCAGAGCUGGGAGAGAAGGACAUUGGAGUCACCUUUAAAGAAAUCGCCCUUUAUACCAAGACUUUCUUUGAUGUCGACGAGGCAGUCCUUCGUUCCUCAGCCUUCACCUUGUAUGGAGUCCUGGCCUCCUCUGCCAAGAGGAAAUGGAAAUCUUUUCUCGGCAAAGAAAUUACAACUUCUACGUGGACCAGAAUUAUGCUCCAUCUUCAGGACCCAGAUCCAGAAGUUUGCAAUGCCUGUCGAAGCACUUUCCUGCUCUGCACUCCAUUCCUGGGCCUGCAGAAGCUGCAAACCCAAGUUGCUCUGAACACCGAGAAGAGUGCAGAAGAGCUCCAGGAAGCUGUCUGCAGUCACCUGGCCAGAGACAUGCCAGAGCUUCUGCAAAGCGUCUAUGACACCCUCCAGACCUACUUCUGGAGCUCGUGUUGGGGGAUGCGGACUGCAGCCAUCCAAUUAGCUGGUAAGAGACAAAGCUGA